UCAUUGUCACACAAACACGGCGCCCUAAAAGCUCCACACAUGGACUCCCUCAUGCUCCGAGCCGGGAGGAGCGCUUGUCGUGGAGGGACCGGGGUUGUCUAGACUUGUGUUCCUCCUGAGACAAAGGCAGCACAUCAAUCCCGUGUAGAGCCCAAUGGAGGCGUAACACAGAAGCACGGGCUCCUGACGUGUGGCGUUCAGGUGCAGCCAGUGUAGGAUGGCAGCAUCAGUAGGUCAGAGGCGCUGGUCCAAAGAGUCCGUCUGAGCGGCUUCAGCGCCUGCGAGCAGCACUCACAGCUCCAGUGUGAUGGAUAGGCUCCCAGGUCCGGAGGUUGGGUUCAGGCUCGGCAUGGGCAGCAUGGACUGUCCUGCAGCCAGUUCCGUGAGAAGAGGACACUGGUCCAACAAAAUGGAGUUUCUACUGGCUGUCGCAGGACAAAUCAUAGGCCUGGGCAACGUUUGGAGGUUUCCUUAUCUGUGCUAUAAAAACGGAGGAGGUGUGUUCUUCAUCCCGUACGUCCUCUUCCUCUUUACCUGCGGAAUCCCCCUCUUUCUGCUUGAGACGUCUCUCGGCCAGUACACCCAACAAGGAAGUAUCACCUGCUGGAGGAAAAUAUGCCCCCUGUUCGAAGGGAUGGGUUACGGCAGUCAGGUGGUUGUGCUUUACUCCAGCAUCUAUUACAUCAUCAUACUGGCCUGGGCCUUUCUGUAUCUGUUCUCCUCGUUCAGUUCUGAACUCCCCUGGGCGAGUUGCAGAAACAGCUGGAACACGGGAAACUGUGUGGAGUUUGACGGAAGAGACAGUCAGUUCAACUGGACUGUUUCGGAAAACGCAACAUCUCCAGUGAGAGAGUUUUGGGAGAGAAGAGUUUUAAAUGUGACAGGAAGUGUCCAUGAGUUGGGAGGCCUGCGAUGGGAGCUGGUUCUGUGUCUGCUGCUCUCAUGGGUCAUUUGUUAUUUUUGUGUCUGGAAGGGAGUAAAGUCCACUGGGAAGGUAGUCUACUUCACAGCUACGUUUCCAUAUGUGAUGCUGGCCGUGCUGCUGGUUCGUGGGCUGACGUUACCAGGGGCCAUGGAUGGGAUUGUGUUCUACCUCUACCCGGAUCCAUCGCGCCUCACUGAUCCUCAGGUGUGGAUGGACGCUGGCACGCAAAUAUUUUAUUCAUAUGCUAUUUGCAUUGGAUGUUUAACUGCACUCGGCAGUUAUAAUAAAUACAACAAUAACUGCUACAAGGACUGUGUGUAUUUGUGCCUUCUGAACAGCGGCACCAGCUUUGUCGCUGGAUUCGCCAUCUUCUCUGCACUUGGCUUCAUGGCCUACGAGCAGAACACAGACAUAUCGAAGGUUGCAGAGUCAGGUCCUGGCUUGGCAUUCAUCGCUUACCCCAGAGCCGUUGCUAUGAUGCCAUUUCCUCAGCUCUGGGCGGUUUUCUUCUUCGUUAUGAUCAUCCUCCUCGGCCUGGACAGUCAGUUUGUAGGCCUGGAAGCUCUCGUAACAGCCAUUUCUGACAUAAAUCCUUCCUUCUUCCUCGCUGGCCAUCGACGGAAGGUUCUUCUCCUUGUUAUCAGUGUUUUCUGUUUCUUCAUCGGCCUUGUGAUGGUCACAGAAGGUGGACUGUACAUCUUCCAGUUGUUUGACUACUACGCCUGCAGCGGCAUGACUCUGCUUCUCUUCGCCAUUCUGCAGUCAGGUUGUAUUGGCUGGGUCUAUGGUGCAGACCGGUUUUAUGAAAACCUACAGGACAUGAUCGGAUACAAGCCCUUAGCCAUAAUUAAGCACUGUCUGAAAUAUGUCACUCCAAUAAUAUGCAUGGGAACAUUCAUCUUCUCUCUGGUCAAAUACACUCCUCUGAAGUUCAACAACACCACUGAGUACCCAUGGUGGGGUUAUGCUGUUGGCUGGUGGUUCACGCUCUCCUCAACGCUCAUGGUUCCCAUCUGGAUGCUGUACAAUCUGAGUGUCACUCCUGGUUCACUGAGACAGAGGUUCUCCAUCCUGUGUUCCCCAGCUGGAGACCUUCCUUUCACCAAAACCAAGAAGAAAGCACUUGAGCUGCUCAACCUGACUUCCUCUCCGGACAGCAACCCGACCUGCUGUGAAUAGAAGGGAAGCAGCUCUGGAGAAAAAUAUAAUAAGUUGAAUAUCAGUGUUUUUGUUUGAACGCCUUCAAACAAAGCUCAUUUUAAUGUGACUCUCCCACACACUGACUACACGUGUCUUCCAUUGGCAGCCAGUUCAACCAAAGACACAUUUUGUUACAUAUUACACACACACACCCUCGCCUAAGACAAGUUAUAAUAAUUUAGUACAGUAGAUUGAUGAUUUACCUGCUCCACCUACAGUAUGGCCCCAGAUGCAUGGCUUUGGGAUUAAGGAGCUGCUGUGAGAUCAGCUGAUUGGUUCCAGCUGUCAGGCUUUCAGAGUUCAACGUAUGUUCUUUGUUUUGAGCAAAUGAGAUCCCAACAGUUACUCUGCCUCUUGUUUUUUCUGCUUUUAAACACCAUCUCAUGGUCUUCAUUUAUAGACAAUGACUAAAUAAGCAAUCGGUUAUUAAAACUGUCAGAUUUAUACCUGGCAAAUUGUUCUCUCUGUACUUGAAAUCUAAAUCUCAAAUUCCCUGAAAGACUUGUAAUAAUGCUGAUAUUUUUUAAAUAAUAAGUAGUAAAGAUGUGUAAAAAACAGGUCUGGUCACUUUAAGAUCUCUGAGCAUUAAGUACAUUGUAAACUGACUGCCUGGAUCAAACAAUAAUGAAGCAGUGAGAUGAAAGAAGGCAGGUUAUUAAGGGUCAGACCAUGACCACAAUGUGCACCUUAGUGCCAACCCCAUGGAAGUGCUUGUGACAAGUUCUGCUGCUUCAGACCAGACACUGGUAGGAAACUGGUGGAUAGUAGGAUGAUAGUAUUUGCUAAUAGACUUUUUUAUAAUAUAAUGAAUGUGUGAUGUUGAUGACAGAUGUACCAAAAAAGUAAGAGAAUAAAGUACAUUUUUAAUAGAAUUACAUUAUAUUUUUACUAUAGAUUCAACUUUAAGCGUGUAUUAAUUGAUUCUAGUUGUUAAAUUUGUAGGAUAAUGUAUUUGUUUUGAUCCAAGUGUAAUUGUACAACAGAUUCAUGCUGAAACAAAAGAUUUGUGUUUUAUUAUCUGUAAAACUGUGUGAAUGCUAAGGUCAAGACAUUUUAACAGUAAACUCUGUAACAAGGUGUAUUAAUGAAAAUGCUUCUAUGACCUAAUCAUGAUUGUUGAAUUGUAUGUUUUCAGUUUUGUUAAACAAUGUGCCAAUAAUUAAAUACUAUAUUUUAAUUAGGCCUUGAGUAUUUAAGUAAUUUCAUUGUUAAUAUUUGUAUGAAUUCCUGUAGCAGCAUUGUGGCCUCAUUGGGCAGGGCCUGCGUCUGAGGCGCCAAUCUGUGUUUGGCAGGUUGUCAGUGUCUGCUCAAGUUUCCCUCUAGUCGGUGGGUGAAAUUAAUGUUUAAAUUUAGCAAUGCCUCCUUUUUCACUGAUAUUGAGGAUCAUUUUGUUGUGUACUAAGUUGAGCUAUGGUGAUUCAGGUGAUCCAGUAAUGAGCCUUCAGGAAAAACAAUUACUUGAUACAGAGAACAAAUAUCCGUCCAUUCCUUUAUGUAUUUCUGUAUGUGGUCAGUUUUGAAUAGUAAUAAAGUCUACUGGAUAAAACCAGAUAGAUUUAAUGGAAUCUGAAACCUAACAAUGCUCCACUAAUUACAAAACUACACCCAUUCACUAAUAAAAGACUAAAAUGUAAAAUUAAAAUUGGUAAUGUUUAAGUGUAACUACAAUAUAAACAUGUUGCCAGAAUAAAUAUAAUUAUGACAAUAACAUAUUUCUUUAGAUGCAUCUUUUAGAUGUAUUUAUUGUUUUAAAGUGCAAAAAAUAAAAUAUAUGUAUAUAAAGAAGACAAAGGUACCUUUUACAUGUUACUGUCUGAAAAUAUUUCUUUUGCAUAAAUGUUGGUUUAAACACUUACCACAUUUUGCAUUACAUGACAAUUAUGGUUUGAAUAAAUGUAAACAGUUGGUGUUACACUUUAAUUGCUGAUAAAAACUCAAAACUUAAUAUUUUAAGUUAUCAAAAGUAUAUUGUCGUAUUUGACAGUAGUGGCCAAACAUUUGAAAUAAAAGUUGAAAGUUUUGAAUUGUUGAAAAAUACAUCAUUGUUUCCACUGUACAAAAUGUUUGAGUGUUUAGAGCCAGCAUUACUUCAAACAUUUAGCUACAAGCCGUUUAAAGACCUAAAACCAUACAGCAAUAUAGAUAAAACACACACACACAUGCACACAGAUAUGAUUACUGCACAAAAUAUUAAGACAGUUAUGGUUUUCAUUCUGAAUUAACCAAUGUUUACAAAACAUUGCCUGAAGAUUAUUGUCUGAAUGUCACCAAGGUAUUUAAUGAAAGGAUAACGGUCACCAAAGUGCAUCAUCGUCCACUUUCCACUGACAUUCACACGUUCAAAACAUGAAACCAAGAUUUAAAAAAAAAAAAUACAGUGAAAUAAA